AUGGCAAUCAGGCUGAGAUUAAUGUUCAAGUUAACAUGAACGGAGCGGUUGAAUCUUUUACAAAUCAGAAGUUAACUGAUGGGGAGAGCCUUAAUAAAAAUGAGGUAGCCAACCGUUCUAAUGAAUUUAUUGAUGCAUUGGAGGUUUUGAAUUCCAACAAGGAACUAUUCACGAAACUCCUACAAGACCCCAAUUCACUGCUAGUUAAACAUAUUCAAGAUUUACGGGAUUCUCAGGCAAAGAUGCAACAACAUCGAUCUUCCUCCAAAGCUAAAACGUCACAGUGCCGGCCAAAAGGAGAAGAUGGGUGUGAAGGGUCAGCCGAUGCUCAAAUGUUCCUCUCUAAGGGAGUUGACAUGCCCUGGCCUUCAAACACAACAGCUGUCUUGAAGUCUGGCAAACAAAAUUGUCCUUAUAAAAUCAGCAAUUGGCCAUCACCACAAUCUCACUAUAGCUCGAAGAAAAUGGAGAGAAGUGUUAGGCCGACAUUAUUUUCUUUUGAGCACAUGAAAAGGAAGUUGAAGCACGUGAUGGCGGUGAAUAAAAAAGAGCAUCGCCAGAUGUUCCUAGAUGAUAUUUGCAGAUCCCUGCAUCAGCAUGAAUUUGAACAGUUCGAAGAUGGUGAUAAAGUAAUGAGCAGGCAGGAAAAUGAAAGGAUUUCUGCUAGUAAAGUUGAAGAAAUGUCUGAAUCUUUCAACGAGAUCAAUAGAAGAAACUGGAUAGGCCAAACAGAGAACAUUGUUUCAGGCACUGGAAGCGAAGCUACUUCAUCCAUCGAGAGCUGUCAUAGAACCUCAAAUCUGCUAACCCUAACACAUCUGAAUGAAAAAUUUCACCCUAAUAAACACAUUUCAGAUAUGUCAAAUGGAGGAAAUGAAGAUUUCUCAAGGAAACAGAAGACACUGAAAACUUUGGAUAGGUUAAGGUCUUUGCCUGAAUAUGACUUGUUGCCUAGAAUUACUCCACAAAGGAAUAAGGGACAUGAGUUUGCAUCUCCACAAAUGAGAUUUUCACCAUACAACAACUAUUCAACUGUUAAUGUAUACAAGUGGAGGGUUCAGAAAGGAAAGAAGAGCAUCUGCUUAACUUCUCCCAUUAAUACUUUCGGAGGGCAACCAAUGUCCGAUGACGAGAGGCCCGAAAACCAAUCGGAAGACGCAAAGAAAAGUAUCUCUGGCGAUUUAUCUCCUCUCACCAAAGUGCUUAAAACUGUAUAUUCCCUUGGUGAUGAUUUUGGUCACAAAGGUAAACAAACUUCUGUAUGUCCUCGGAAAGUCAUAGAAGGAAACCAUGGUGCUAGGUUCAACAAAUGCGAAAGUGAUGCUUUAGAUGUCGCUUUGGAACUAAAUGGUGAGCUGAAUACCAGCAUGACCCAACGAACUGAAGCAGUCAACCACUUCGGAGAUAAUGAAUACUCUGAAUGCUCAAAACUGAACUCACCUUCUGCGGAUCAAACAUCAUUUUAUUCAAUAGAUGUUUAUUCAUCAAGUCCUCCAUUUAUUCAAAGAGCAGAAAUUUCUGAUAGCAUGAGUGAUAGAGAAGAGCAGCCAAGUCCUAUAUCGGUUCUUGAACAGGUCUUUGUCGAAGAGAACACUAGCUCUCCUAGCACUAUAUCUCUAGCAGCUAAGCUACCAGCCAAACCAUUUUGUAUAGAUAUUGAAGAACACUAUGCAACUUCUCUCUUGGAAUCCCAUUUCGAUCCGAAGAAUAAUGCAAGUGCUUCCGAGGACAAGCAAGGAUCUUUGUCUGAAUGCAUAAGAGAAGUUCUGCAAGUUUCUGGUCUCAAUUGGGAUGAGCUCUCUGGGAGAUUGCAUUUGUCUGACCAAAUGCUUGACACAUCCUUGCUUGAUAAUGUUGACGUAUGGCCUAAGAAGUCCCCUGCUGAUCGGAAGCUGCUUUUUGGCUACAUAAGAGAAGUCCUUUUUGAGAUAUAUCAACGUUAUUUUCGAUGCUCCCCCUGGAUGUCACUUCUCAACCCGCAACCUCGACAAGCUAUGUUAUCAAAAAAUAUGGUUCAUGAAGUGUUGAGACAUGUUGAUUGGCUCCUCCUCUCAGACCUGCCCCAACAAACAUUACAGCAACUUGUUGAAAAGGAUUUGAGCAAAUCCGGAACAUGGAUUGAUAUCCGACUCGAUACUGAGGUAGUUGUUACAGAGUUAGUAGAUAUCAUUCUAGAGGAUUUGGUAGUUGACGUUGCCAUUUGACUCCAAACAUAAAGCGGCACGUCUGCAUUCCUGAAAAUAGAGGCAGUUUUGGCACGCCAACGCAACCCGUGUUCCAUAUUAACUGAGACAAGAUCAGCCUCUUUUCAGCUUUUUAACCUCAUAUCGAUACGUGUUAUUUCGUUGUCGGAACAGCUUGACAGCCCUGGAAGAGGUGUUUUCGCUGGUUUUGAAGUGGUCUGGUGCAUGGAUUCAAACUUCGGCCUUUACACUUCGUACAUACAUUUACAUUAAACAAUCCAAACAACUAUCAUCAGUUAUAGGUUAAUUUUUUCAGUUCCAAAGAGAUUUCCAGUGGAUUAGCCAAUAUAAAUCAAUGUUGGCUUACAGCUUGUAGUUACCAAGAUAUCGUUCAGCUCCCUAUUUUAGAUGUUUCA